AUGAAAAAAAAUUUCUUUUUAAUUUCAUUUUUAUCACUUUUAAUACUAUACUUUAGCAAAACAUUAAGUUUUCAAUUAAAAGAUACGCGAUUUUUUUAUAAUAGAAAAAAAUUUAUAUCAUGUAUACAGAGAUAUAGCAAGAAAAAAAUAGUAAUAAAUUUAAAAAAAUCAAUUUCUAAUAAGAUAUCCUUAAAAAGUUCAAAUGUUAAUAAAGAUGAAGUAUAUAAAGAUAUAAAAAGCUAUGUUGAAAACAUAGAAUUUUCCAAUAAAAAUAAAAAUGAUAAUACAAAUAACUUAGGUAAAAUUAUUCUUAAUAAUUUUACUUCGGAUUCGAAUGAUUGGAAUAAAAUUGUUUUUGAUGAUAUGAAUAAUAAAGAUAUAAAAAACUUGAUAAAAUUUUUAUAUAUAGAAUAUAAAAAGGCAUUCUUAUAUAUUGAUGAAAAAAGAAAAAAAGCGGAUAAUAUUUUUAAUUCAGAAAAAAUUAAAUCAUUGUUUGCUGCUUUAGGGUCUGUUACGAUUGAAGACAUGAAUAUAAAUGAAUUUCAUAACCAUUUAGAAAUAUAUUUCAUUCUAUUAAAAUUCUGUAAAGAUAAUUACAUAUCUUUUAGUUUUGUAAAAAACGAAAUAAUAAACGUAACGAAUAAAAUUAUUGAAUAUUCACAAAAUAAUUUACAUGAUGAGAACGUAUGCAAUAAUAUUAAAAAUGAAUUUGUAAAUAUGCACAAUUUAAUAAAAGAAAUAAAAAAGAAUGAUACUAUAAGAGUGAAUAUCAGAAACUUCCUAGAAAGUUUAAAUAGUAACAUAGUGUUAAAUAAUAAUAAUAUAUUUUAUUUUAUAACAGAAAUAUUUUCAUCAAUGAAUUUAUUGAUGGAAAAUAACUCUGAUUUAAUUUAUAAGUAUGAUUACAUAUUAAAUCCUCAUUUUUUCUUUUUAUGUUUCUUUUCUCUGUAUUCUUAUAAUUUGAGCAAAUCACGUUUUUACUAUUUUAUGUUGUUAAUUCAUAAUCAUUUAAAUAUGAGUUUAAAAAAUAAUAUUGUGAAAUAUGAUGAUGACUUAAAUUAUACUAAAUAUAAGAAUUUUAUUAUUAAUACUAUUUUUGAAAAAGAAAAAAUUGAAUAUGAAUUUAUCAAAGAAAUUAUAAUAGAAAAGGACAGUAAUACCAAGAUCAAAAAAGUAGGGGAGACUAUUAUGGAUGAUCUAGAUAAGGAAUUAAGUUAUGAAAAAGAAGUAGAUAAUUCCGUAAGCAGCGAAGAUCCAUUAACAAAGGGAUACAAAAAUAUAUUAUUUAAAGAGUUAUAUGAUAAUGUAUUGAUAAAAAUUUUACUUUUUUAUAUUUUUUUUUAUUUCAGUGAUCACUAUUUUUGCAUAACUAUUUUAUUAAAUUUUAAAAACUUUAUAAAAAACAAAAAACAGGAUGAGGCCAUAAUGCAAAUUACUAAUUAUUUUUUUUUUAUAUUAUUGGACAAUUUGUAUCAAAUAAGAGAUUAUUCCAAAAUUAUUUUACUUUUAAGUCUAUUUAGAAACAAUUUUAAUACAUUUAAUAAUAAAAACUUAAUUAAUAUUAAAAAAAUUUUUAAUUCAAUCAUAAAUGAAAACAUGUAUGAACAAAAUUCGAAUGUAUCCAAAUUACUUCUAGAAAUUAAUAAUUCAAUUAAAAACAUAGAAAAUGAAGGAAAAAUUAUGAAUAAAAAUAAUAUAGGUAACCUAUAUAAAAACAAAAAUAUAGAUAAUUAUUUAAAUGAGAAUAAUAUAAUUUUGAAAGAUGGAAACCAAAAAGAAAUUAUAGAAGUAAAGGAUAAACUUACUAAAGGGAGUGAAAUAUCAAAUAUUAACAAUGAAAAAAAUGAAAAUACUAAUUUAAAUGAUUCCUACAACAUGAGAGAGAAGUUCAAUCAUUUUCUCUGGUAUUUAUUAAAAAAUAAAGAAUAUGAUAAAAUUGAGCGUUUGGAAAAAAGAGAUAAUUUAUAUGUAAAUAAUAAAACAUACAGUUUAUUUAUUCAGUCAUUUUUAAGUAAUCAUAAGUAUGAAAAAGUUUAUAAAGUUUAUAAGAAAAUGAAAUCAAAAAAAAAUAUACUUAUCACAUACUUAAAUGUAAAACAUUUGAUACAUAGUUUUAAAAAGUGUGAUGUUGACAAAGGGGAUGUAUUAAAUGAAUUACAAUUCAUUAGUAAAGCAUAUUUGAAUUUAUAUUUUUCAAAAGAUUCAUAUUUUGUAUUAACUAAAACUUUGCUAUAUAAACAUAUAUGUGAUUACUUAAAAAAAAAAUGUGAAAUGAAAUUAAUUAUUGAUAUAUUUAAUUUUAAUGAACUUUUAAAAUAUUUCAUAAAAUUUAAAAGUUUUAUUAAUUUAAAAAAAUUAUAUUUCAUGUUACUAAAAUAUUCAUAUAUAAAAACUUAUAAAACAUAUUUAAUAUUAAUUAGAUUUUUUAAUAAUUUAAAUUAUGAAAUUCACAACGAUUAUGAAGAUGAAAUAGAAAUUAUGAAAGACUUAAGGAAAGAAAAUGUUGAAGAUAUGAAAAUGGAGAUAGGAAAUGAAAUGAAAUGUUCUUUAGAAAAAAAUACAGAAAUUUACAAUGAUAUAAAAAAUUUAAGGAAAAACAAGUUGUUUUAUUACAUUUAUAAGGAGACAGAUUCAAAAGAAUUUGAUUUAUUUUAUAAAAUUUAUGAGCUUUCAAAAAAGGAUAAAUAUGACAUCAGUUUAUUUAUCUUAAGUAAUUUUAUCACUGAGUAUGUAUUAUUUGAUUAUGCUUCAGACGAUAUAUUAGAAAGUGAAUUAAGUAACAUAAAUAAUAUACUAAAUAUAUUUUUUGAAUCAAUUAGUCUGUUUUUUUACAAACGAGACUAUAAAGCGACGCUAAAUAUAUAUUUUUUUUUACUUUUAUUUUUAAAUUUUUAUGUAACAAAAUAUAUAAAAAAUGAUAUUAAACAUUCUACUUUUCUAAAAAAAAAUACUUUAAAUUUUUUUUUAUCUCAUAAUUAUGAAAUAAUUAAAAUAAAUAAGGAUGACAUAUAUACAUAUAUACCAUACUUUAUAUUAAAUAUUAUUUCUUUAUCUAUAAAGCAUUUAAAAAAUGUUAAGUCUUUCAAAGAAAUAGGUUCGUUAUAUUUACCAUAUGAUACAUAUGAUUUUAGUAAAAGUAUUGACACAGUAAAUUAUAAGAAUAUAAUGUAUAUAUUUUUACUUCUAAAAAGAAAUUUAAUCUUAAACACUGAAAAUAUGGAGAAAGAUGUAUAUGACAGACAAAAAAAAAGAAAAAAUAUAGCACAAAAUACAAGUGAAAUAAAAAGAAAUUUUUUAUAUAAAGAUGUAAUUGAAAAAAAUUAUAAACAAAUAAACAUGGAUGAAAAUAACAUAUCUAAUAAAUACAAUAACAUUGCUGAUGUUUUUGUCAAAUUAAAAUAUACAAUUGGUUCAAAUAAAAUAAAUGAAGAUUCUUUGAAGGAAUUUUUAUUCUAUAAAUUGAAAGUGUUUGUAAGUAAUAAAGACACUAAUUUAUUAAUAAAUAUAUUGAAAGAUAUAUUUUUUACUUAUAACAAUAUUAUUUAUUUAAAUGCAAGAGAUUUCCUUAAUAUUUAUGAAAAAUUAAAUGGGAUUUAUAGUAAUAUUUUGUCAAUUCUAACUAUUAUUCUUUUUAAUGAAAAUAAGAACUUCAAAGAACAUGAUAUUGAAUCAAAGGAUUCUAAUGAAAAAUUAGGAGGAAGUAAUGAAACACAUAUUCUUGAAUAUAUUAGUAAUUUAAAAUCUAUGAAUAAGACAUAUUUUAAAGAUAUGUUAAGUAAUCAAAAUUUACAUAAAAUUUUAAAGAAAUACGAAAGUUUUAUAUAUAUGUGUAUAUAUUUUGAUUUAAAUAAAAAAAAAGUAGACAAUAUCAUAAAUUUCUUAGAGUUUUCAAGAAAGUGUGAUAUUCCUCUUAGUAUAGAAAUUUUAAUAGAUGUAUUUUCUUUAUUCUUUGAAAGAAAAAUGAAUAAUUUAAUAUUUAAAGAGUUUGACAUAUUUUCUUUGUCGAAAAAAACAAGUAACUUUGAAUUAUAUUACAUAGUCAUGAAAGCAGGAUUUUUUGAAGAAAAUGUUAGAAUAAUCUUGAAAGUCUUCAAUAUUGUAUUAAAUUUAUUUAAUGUAAAAAACAUUCCAUUAAAUUUCUUUGAAUGUAUUCUAAUAAUUUUAAAAAAAAAAGGGAGAUUUAAAGAUAUAUAUGAUUGUACUGAUCAAAUGCAUAGAGAACUAAUAAAUUAUGAAAAAAAUAAACCAUUUUAUAAUUUGGAAAAAUUAACAUCUGAUUUAAAAAAUAUUUUAGAUAGAUAUAAAAAAGAGAAACAGUUUUAA